GAGCAAGGAUCCAUCUCUACACGGACGGCUCCAAAAACCCGAAGAAGCCGAGCGACGACGCCUGGUCCGUUGUGAUCGUAGGUGACGACAACCACGGUUUCAGCUUCCAGGGGGCCAUCAUAGAGAAGCACAAGAGCGGCACCGACAUGGCCCUCAAGGACAACGUCGACCACGAGACCACCUCCACGACCGUCGAGAUCACAGCCCUGAUAUGGGCCUUCGCCUGGGUGAUACACUACAACCCCCUCCACAUCACCACUAUAUCCACGGACUCGCUCGGCGCUCUGCAGCUCGCGAAGAGGCUAGCCUUCACCGACCACGUCCCCAAGCUCGUCAGGACACUCUGCAUGCUCUACGACAUGGUCAGCAAUAAGAUCGACCUGCAGCACGUCCACGCCCACCACUACAACACGUGGAACGAGGUUGCCGACGCCGCCGCCAACCACGGACGCCUGCAAGAAGUUAUACCUCCUCAGCCAGAGUGGGCAAGCGUCAUGGAUGGCGCAUCCCAGCGGGACUGGGAGUUCCUGAUCGACGCGGCCCGACACUUUCACAACCCCUCCGAGUCCAGCGACAAGAAGAUUCUCGUAGAAAUAAACAUCGCCACCUUCAACGUCCAGCCGGGGAGAGAGCCAAAGGAAGGAUCGAAGCGUCGAAAAGAGAAGAUCAACAAGCUUAAGACCACGAUGGCCUGCGUGUACGACGAGGACCUCCAUAGCAUUGAUAUCCAGGAGGCAAGAUGCGCCAACGCCAACUGCUACCAUAUCAUUUCCAGCGGCCACACAGGGUUCCACUACGGCUGCGAGCUUCAUGUUCUACUCAGCAAACCCUACGGCAAGAGCGGCAAAAAGAAGCUUUUCUUCAAACCUGACCAGUUCACAGUCAUCGUCAAGGACCCCUGGCUCCGCAUCGUUCGCGUCGCCGCCCCUGGCUUCAGACACGCGCUUGCCGUCGCCCAUGCCCCGCGCUCGAAGGCCCUCGCGACCGAGAAGGAUAGCUACAGGAAGAAGCUCGCGGAGAAUACCGAAAGGCACCAAGUCAGCAUCAUCUUCUUCGACGCAAAUGCCAGGACAGGCAACAUCACCAGCACGGCCAUUGGCGACAAGGGCUUCAAGCAAAACGAGGGCCCAAACGGACACCGCCUACAUGAGCUGCUCCUGACCAACCACCUGGACCCUCAUCACAUCGACUACGUCACCAUCCCCAAGGGCUACAUCGACUCCAUCGAGGAGCGCGCCGUGCUCUACGGCAUAGACAGCGGCCAAGACCCAGAGACCAAGGACGACCACUACCCAGUCAAGCUGCAGCUUGCCUACCAGAUCAUCUCGUCCGUCACCAAAGGAAUCCCGAAAUUACACGAGAGCAAGCUAGCCGACGAAGGGCGCCGCCAAAAGUUCUGCCAAAAACUCGACGGGGUCAAACACCCGCCCUGGGACACCAACCUCAACGAACACCUCGCCAUAGCCACUGAGAAGAUCACGGAGGCCGCGCACGAGUGCUUCCGCUCCAACAGCCGCGCCCCACACAAGCCCUACCUCACCAGGCGGUCCUUUGCUCUCCUGCGAGUUCGCCGCUCGAUACUCAAGACGACACGGACCGCCAAGAAAAACGGGAUUGCCAGCCACUUCGGUGACAAGAGGCUACGCUACACGGCAAAGAUCAUCGCGAUGGAAGCCCUCCUGCCCGACCCCGCCGAUGCGAGUGCCCUGGCCGAUCUCAGCGACUACGUGAAACUUGUGGUGGCCUCUAUCAUAUUCAGCACUCCCAGCCUAGCUUCCCAUGUCGUGGAAUCCGACGGUGCCAACACCGCGCACAGCGCCCAGCACUACUUUGACGCCCUUCCCCAAUUCCCCAGGACGUCUAAGUCGACCCUGCAGAAGUGGACCACGACAGACCGCGACGACUUCCUUGAGAGAACCGCCGACGAGAUGGGUGCAGCGAUCGACGACCACGCCCCCCGUUUAGAGGCUCUGUACGCCAAGCGACUACUGGCCUUCGGAGGACGAAGGUCAAAGAAGCCGCCGACGCCCAUCAUCCGCACCAACGACGACGGGGAGCCCCUCACGAAGAAGAGCGAGAUCGCCGACCACGCCCUAGCCCUCUACGGCAAAGUUGAGCAAGCUAUUGCCACGGAUGCAGACGGGCUAGCAGCCGACUACAACAAGAGGACCCGCCACGCAGGACCAGGACCUAAGAUCCAAAACAUAAUACCCAAGCACCAGCUGACCAGCCAGCUCGCCGCCGCCAAGCGAGGCCGCCGAGGAGGCCCUGACCAGCUCACCGACGACAUGUCCAGAGCCAGCCCUGAAGGGGUGGCUCGCCUGCUCCACCCCGUCCUAGUCAAGACCCACUCCGAGAGCACCGAGCCCAUCGCCGCCAAGGGUGGGUACUCCACGUAUUUCCACAAGGGACAGGGGGCCAUGGAGCUCCAGAAACCAUACCGCGGCAUCCUGCUCAACAACACCAUCGGCAAGGUGCACAGCACCUUCCUCCGAUCCCGCGUGAAGGGCCUGCUACCUGAGCUACUAGAAGCAACCCAGUGCGGCGCCCGUCCCAAGAUGGCCACGGAUUUCAUCACUCACACCAGCCUCGCCUUCAUCAGCGACUGCCAGAGGAGAUCAAGAUCAUGCAGCAUCACCUUCCUGGACCUCAGGGAGGCCUUCCACUCCGUCAUCAGGGAAUUCUGCAUGCAAUUGCCGACCACCGCCGACGAGCUCAACGAGCUCAUCGAACGGAUCGACAUUCCCGACUUCAUCAGACCAGCUCUACAGGAACGACUCCAGCAACCCGCCUACAACAACCAGCACAUCGACGACGAGCACCUCUGCCACAGGAUCGCAGAUCACCACACCUCCAACUGGAUGACAGCCAAGAGCGCAAGGCACUACCAGCUGCCUCGGACCAGCACCCGACCUGGAGUGCCAUACGCGAAUGUCGCCUUCAACAUACACUUUGCCAUCACGCUGAGCGCGAUCGACCAGGCAGUUCGAGAGGAAGAGGCCCACGGACAGCAGACAGGCGGACACGAGAUAGAGGCCUGCAGUGAGCUUCUCUCUUCACCAACCCCUCACGAAGGAAGCGCGCUCAGGAACAUGUCCUUCGUCGACGACCUCACCGACUACAACUCGACCGCCAACGCCAAGGAAUUGAUCUACACGACAGCUCUGGCAGCUGCCAGGCUCUGCACAGCAGCAUUCCAGCAUGGCCUGAAGCCACACCCAGAAGAGACCAAGGCCAUCCUCAUGCACUACGGCGCGGGGGGCAAGAAGGAGAAACAACGGAUAGCCAAGGAGGGCAUCACAUACCAAGAAUUGGACGGACUUGCUAUCAAGGUGCAGCUGGUAACGCAACAGAAAGCCCUCGGUGCCAUCAUCCCGGCGGGCGGGGUCAUGGGGCCAGAGAUCUGCCUAAGGAUCAACCGUACGUUUGGUGCAACCCGGCCUCUUGAGAAGCAGAUCCUCCGCCGCAAGAAGCCCUCGAAGAAAUCCAAGGUCAAGUACGUCCACUCUUUUUCGACAUCCUCGCUUACUUACAGCCACCAUGUCUGGAGCGACCUGGCCCUGAAGGACCUGAAGCACAUAUCCGCCAAGUACAUGGGCCCAUACCGAGUCGCAGCUUCACCACCCAAGACCAACUCACCCGACCAGCACAUCUCCGAGGCUGAGGCAAUCGCCAAGACAGGAGUACCCGACUUCAUCACCCACCAGUCGAUCGCGCGGCUACGAUACUUGCCUAGACUCCUGAAUAAUGCCCCAGCAGUCCUACUUCAGCUACUCGACGGCCAGCGCCAACGAAAGGGCACAUGGAGCCGCCAGCUCAAGAAAGACUUCGACUACCUACGAACGUACGUACCACAAGAGAGGUGGCCCAGCCAAACCCAGCACGACCGCGACACCAUCAACUGGGCCCGACAGAAGCCGAAGCUAUUCACCAACGCGGUCAAGGCAGCUUCGAAGGCAUACAUCCUCCACACUCGCGACCAAGCUCAAGGCGCCAAGCUCCAGAAGGACAUCCGGAUGACCUCGGCAGAUCACACAACUGAAGUGCUGGACGUCUGCGACGACACCAACAACCAGAAGCACGUCUGCUACGCCUGCGGCCGACCAUCACCAAGCAGACCACCCGCGAGCCCGCCUGCAGAACCAGCCGAGCGCCAAGAGAUCGUCUUCAUCACCGACCGCCCUCAAAAGGCUGCCGACCUCCAACAGAUCAUGGCCAGCAACGGGAUCACGAGCAUCAGCGGCCUGGACUACACGCAGAUCGCAAUCCCCAGCGAUGGCCAGACCUCAGAACUUCCGACAGUACUUCGGCGAGCACAACGCAGGAUCCUACAUGGCGAGGUAGCGGCCAUCUACGUAGAGUUCCCACGGCGAACCUGGUACCUACACGAGGCAACCGACGUUCUAGGCAGGAGAGAAAGCAAGCGGCGCACCCCAGAGGCACCCUGGGGAACGCAUCAAGUAUCCGAGACCAUUGCCGACGAGAUAUUUGCCGCCAACAACGUCACACGAGAGGUCUUGCGUAUGAUCUUCAUGGCGACCACGACCAACGUACCUUUCGUAGCAGCCAUCUCGGCCGAGUCGAUCAUCAGACAGACCCCAGAAUAUCGGUACAUCGCCAACCUGACGACCGUCUACGAGACCCCGACGAACCACUACGACCUCUGCGCCAUACAGAUCCUCGACAACGGCACCCGCGACGACCUCCGCAACAUAAUGCAUACGGCAAACGAAGAGGAGAUCGACUUCACCAUCGCCGACCUGCUUGACGGCAACAUUGUGGCUAGAUGGGGCCUCAGAACCGCAACCGCUGCGCCCACCAGCCAGAACCUGAACACCAACGACGCCUACCACAUAGAAC